CACGUGAUAAAAUGGAUAAAGAUGGCUGUCUUCUUCUUUCAUCUCACGAAAUUAGAUAGAAUUUUAACACUCUAGGAAUAUAAACAAUGUAUACUGUUAAGCUUAGCACUUGAAAUUGAAUGCUACGAAUCCUGAACUUUGCUUAAUGAACUACAUUUUGAAAUGUUCGUGUGUAAAUGUCAAGUGAUUAUACAGACAAAUUGUUAGCUUUAAACAAUUAUGGCAUCCAGAAACUUAAAACCCAGUUCAGUUCAGGGUUUUGAUGCUGGGAAUAUAAAUGACAAGAUGCAAUCCAGUACUUUAAAGAGGCAACCAAGUCCAGAUUGGAGUAAAACUGAUUUGUUAAGAUUGCUGAGUUACUUUGAAGGAGAGCUUCAAGCAAGAGAUAUCACAAUUGCAACUCUUAAGGCUGAAAAGGCCAAGCAACUCCUGUAUCAAGCAAAGUAUGGCCGUUUUGGACUAGGUGAUCCUUUUGUAGCACUUCAGCGAGAUGCUGAAGGGAAAAAUGACACAGGAUUUGAUGAAGCAGCUAUUAAAAGCAUGUAUGAUAACCAGUUGGCACAACUAGAAAAUUUAAUAGCAACACAAAGAAAGGCACAACUCAAAAUGAGAGAGCAAUUAGGAAAUUCUGAAAAGAGAUUUCAUAAGGUUUGUAGUGAGUUGGAAGAAGAAAAGCAGAAACAUGCACAAGACACCGCCCAAGGAGAUGAUGUAACAUAUAUGUUGGAAAAAGAAAGGGAAAGACUCAAAGCUGAAAUUGAUUUUGAAAAAAACCAGAACAAAAAAUUAGAAAAAGACCUUAAAAAGACUCUUGCAAGUUUGGAGGAAGAAAGAGCUAAUGCCGCUCGGCACAAACAAGUUGCAAUAAUGUUGAUUAAGGAACGCAAAAAUUUAAUUGAGCGUAUUAUUGCUGAAAAUCAAAUUCGUGAUGAAAUGGAAUCAGCAUUGACAGAUGGGAAAUGUAAAAUUCAGAACAUGGCUGAAGGCCUGGCCCAAGAAAGCAAAAAGUCUCUCAAAAUGGAAGCUGCAUUGGAUAAACAAAGCUCAAAGUUUGAUUCUGAGAGAGAGACUUUACGAAUGAGAUUACAAGAGGAAGAAAAACAGACAAAUAUCUUGAGAACUGAGGUGGCACGUCUUUCUAAACAAUUGGAGUCAUUGCAACAGCAGGUACGAAGUAGCACAGCAUCACCAAGUGGGGGACAGAUUAGAUCAACAGUGUCACCGGGUAGGACGACAAACCCACUACCUACAAGAAACACAGCUGUAGCAGGGUCUAUUCCCAACUCAGUGGGUGUGCCACCACAAUCAGUAAGUCCCAGUAUUAAUAAUAAUCCUCCGCAGGGUUACAGUCCACAGCCAACGUCUACUGUCACGGUGGGCGGUAUACGAUCAGCCUCGAGCCUACAUCCAACCUAUGGAGCUAGCAGUAAGGUCUACACUCAGUCCAACACUAAAGUAUCAGACAGUGGUAGAUUAAGUUCAAACUCUCCAGAGAAGGAUGUAAUCUACAGGCCAGAGAACCAUCCAACUGGUACCCCAGCCCGUAGAGGACCAGGAGCCAUGCGCAUGGGACCAGUGGGGGCACCUGGGAUGGAUAGAGCUGAGGUUGAUAUGGGUCCAGGUGCAAGAGUGGUUAAUGUCGCACCUGGAUCAAGUGCAACGGUCACGACUCACGGUGGGGGUAAAAUUUCAUUUCACGUAGCCGGAGCUGGCCCCCAGGUACCCAAUCUUACCCAGGUAAGAAAAAGUCCUGGAUUUGGCGCCACCUCUGCUUCACCAGUUGGGCGAGGGGUUCCCCCUCCAAUACCCCCCAACAAGCCAAACAUUGUUUCCCCGUUACCUGGUGGCGGAAGGCCCUCUCCUCCACCCAAGGUUUCAGUGGUUGGAUCGGCGGUCAUUGUUCAAACUCCUGGACCAGAUCACCACCCUGGCCAUUACUCAGCCGGGAAAACAAUAGCUCAACAAAUUCCUGUCUCUGUUGGUGGUGGUCUGCCUGGGAAUCAGCCUUCCCCCUCUGGAGCAGUGGCCAGUGUUCGUACCCAAGUCAGAGAAACUUCUCCCUCGGCAGUUAGGAAAACCUCUCAGCCUGUUGUGGAUAGUCCCCCCUUAGAGCACCUUUCCACUGCAGUUAAAUCCUCUGACUCUAGUCACCCCCUUGAGUUUCUGGGUGCGGAAAUGGCCAACUUGCAGAAACUUUUGGCCACAAUGAGGACAGAUGAGGCCAGUACGAGUAAUUCACAUGUGAUUGCUACGGAGACCAGGACAAGUUCAUCAAGCUACACCCCAACAUCAUCAUCUUCAUCUACCCAUGGAAAAACUGCCACCCCAUUCUCUCUUGUAGAAAGUCCAUCUCACUCACAACCAGGAGCGGUGAGGGAACAAAACAACAACACCCUGAAGCUAGUCAUCAACAACCAGGAUGUUAAAACCUCAGCCACUGCUCAAAUUGGAUCUCCAACCAGCAUUCCCCUUCAUGUGUACGACGAGAACUUAACAACAACACCAACAAAGUACUCCACGCACCAUAUUGUGUCACCAACAUCUGUUAGCUCUGCCUUCACUAAAUCACUUCCCUCCCCUUCAGCAGAGUUCCCUGCCCCUGUUUCCCAGCUUUCUCUGCAUAGUAAUCAGCAAUUAACUGCUAACUCCCCUUCAGCCAAACGAAGAAGCAUUCCAUCGAGAUCAAGAUCUAAAUCCCCGACAAAGACUGCACAUUAUCUUCCUAGAUCGACCUCAUCGCAGAUUUUUAACAGCUCAAAACCACCUCAGGAUUCGUGGUCGCUCUUCCAAGUUAACACCCCAAAUCAGGCUGUGGUGGACUCGCAAGCUGAGUCCCUGCCUUUGAUAUACAACCUUGUGUGUUCUGGAGAUGUGAUAGCCCUACACAAGCACCUGAAAACUAACCCAUCUGAUGUCAGCUUGGCACUAAAAGAUGGCUCCACUGCUGUGCACUAUGCUGCAGAGUGCAAUCAAGAAUCUUGCUUGAAGCUCCUUCUUGACAACAGAGCCAAACCAAACAGCCCAAGAGAAGACAAAAUAACUCCCCUUCAUAUUGCAGCAUCCAAAGGCCAUUCUGGUUGUUUAAGGCUACUCCUGUCCAAUGGUGCUGUGGUCAACCCUGUCUCAGCAACAAGUCAAACCCCUUUGCAUUUGGCAGCAAAAUCUGGCCACUUUGAAUGUUGCCAGCUACUACUUAGACACGGAGCUGAUAUUUUAUUUACUGCACAGGACAAUCUGACAGCCAUCCACUAUGCUGUACAAGGCAACCAGCCAGAUAUCUUAAAGCUUAUACUGGACAAAAUGAACUUUGUACAGGCUUCAGAUGCUGCCUACCAGAUACUGAACAUCACGGACAAGGAUGGUUGGACUGUCACUCACAUGGCAGCCUACUUACCCAGUCCAGACUGCUUGCUUGUGUUGGCUGAAAGCCUUCCCUUAGACUUGAAUGCCAAAGACAAGUUAGGAAGGUCUGUCAAAGUUGUUGCCUCCCCUGCAUGUAAGGAUGCCAUAUCUGAUUUAGAGAGGCUCAGUGUGCCCAAGCUGAAAGUGGUUGUAGAACUUCGCUAUAUCUUGGAGAACACAACUGUGUCCAAUGUCCAGAUUGGUACCAUGGAUGUGGAGCCAGGCUACAGUUGGAAGAUGAUAGAAGACCAGUUACGAUCCACCUUGCAUUUCUACCUGGCUCAGUUGGGUUUAGGUCUGAAAACAAGGAGGAUUACUCGUUUGGAUGGCGAAGCUGACAGGCAAGACAAGGAGUUCUCUCUUGGUCUCACAAUGGCAAACAUCAAACACUUUGAAAUGGGAUACUAUAAGUGGACACCUGGCAUGCAGACAGACACUGCUCCAUAUGUUAUGAUUGCAAAUAACAACCAACUUCGGAAAAUAACUGUAGUUGUCGAUGAUGCUGGCAAUAUGUGUGAGCUGAUAGCAUUUGAUGUUCUUCAGCCUGUGUAUAGCAUCAACAAUUAUUUGCGUUUGCUGGAGCAGUACAAAAGUGUCAUAUUCUACGGCCCAAGUGGCAGUGGCAAGUCAUACCUGGCACAGAGGCUGGCUCAGAGCAUUGCAGCACAGGAAAUAGCUAUGGGCCGAAAGCCAGCAAUUUAUCAACUACAGUUAGAACAGGGAUAUUCUUGGUCAAACUUUUUGACCUUCCUAAAACAAAAGAACUGUGUUGUGCCCAUAGACAAAGGCCAAGACAAUGUUGCUCCCAUCCUUGUGCUGGACAAUCUGGAGAUGGUAGACAUAUCCCGGGUGUUUGGUGAGCUGCUUGAUGCCAUGGAAUACAGGGGGAUCAAGCAUGCAUUUUACCUUAGAGGUGAUGGCCAUAGUGAAAGUGGUAUGCACUAUCUGACGAAUCAGUUUUACCUUAUUGGAACAAUGAACAAAUCCAGGUCAUUAGGUGUAGAUCUGUCUAUCCUACCACGGUUCAGAUGGGUUCAGUUUAGGCUGGACACAGAACCUCUCAGAGGGCUGUUAGCUCGUCACUUCCUGAGACGCAUCAUCAACACAUACCAUGGCCACCUGCCGUCUCCUGAAGAUCCAGUACUGCGAGCCGUGGAGUGGAUUGUCUGUGUGUGGCAGAGACUUAAUGACAGCCUCAACAAACUGGGCUUUCUAGAGGUGGUCCUUGGACCUUGCAUGUUUUUUAAAUGUCCUUUGGAAAAACAAGACCAUCGACUGAUUCUUGAAUGGAUGAAAAACCUAUGGAAUCAAAAGAUAGCUCCUCGAGUAAGAGAAUCUGUUAAAAGAGGAACUGGAUCUGAAGCACCAACAGAAGGCCAGCAGAAGGUUGCCAACACUGCUUUGUAUGUUCUCAUGCAGCGCUCUGUGAUGCUUGGUUGUCCAUUGACUGGGCAAGAGAAAGAUUCUUAUCUGGCAGGGUUCUCUGGUUCAAAUGAGCUUGACAUCCCCUUAAAACCUGGCGACAGAUCUAGAGUUAGUUCCUCCAGCUCUCACCUACCUCGCAAGAGCCAGCACCAUGUGAGACCAGGGAGUCUGGACAUAACUGGAUCUUCCUACACUAGAAGGCCAAGAAGUGAGGUGGAAGAUAGCACAGCCUCUCAGUCUGUGUCACCUACUAAGAUGAAAGUCAGAAAUGGAAGAGAAGAAAGACGCGCAGACUCAGCUUCCAACACAAAACGCAGAAGUUUGUCAGAGUCAAGUGUCAACAAAGCAGCUCAGCUGGAGCUACAGCAGCAAGUGCUAGACGGCCUGCAGGCUCCUUCAUCUUCUAGUGCCAAGGUUGCCAAGCUAGAGGUGAAAUCACCUAAAUUUGUCAGCAUUGCACCCACAGCAUUCCGUGCCCCCUCGCUGAGCUCACCAAUGUCAAGGUCAGAGUCCAGCUCACCCCAGCCAGGGCAAGCUGCCCUUAAGACUGGCCGCAUAAGCCCAUUGUUGUCUCUGGUGGUCAGUACCAGGCACACAAACCCUAUAGCAGGUCAGAAGAAAUCCUGGUCAUCUGAAAACAUCGCUGGCAGUGACCUCUAUAGCAGUUCUGGGAAACUUCGAUCACCUGGGCCGUUUUCAUUUUCACUGACUACGCCAAAGUCAAAUUUAAGUGCUUUUAAGUUUUUAGACAAAACUGAUGACACCUCAAGUAUAUUAUCAGAACAGAUGCCAGAUUUUAGUGUGUUUGAUAAAGUUCCAACACCCACUGAAGAACUUCCCCCUAGCAGGAAUUUUGUGUUUACCAAGCAGCCAGAAUCUCAGGUUGGGAAGCAUGUUGAAGACUGGGGCAAGAGUAAAUAUGCAUUCAGACCUAUUCAAAGCGGAGAUGGGGAUUUCAAAGAAAAAGAUACCUACGUUUGAAGCUGCCUUUUAAACAAGUCUGAUACAGUCAUCUAAGAAUAUUUUAAUGCGUCACAAAACUAAUCUAACACUACAAGUGUGAUCAUCAUACCAAUGGACUUGUAAACUACCAAUUGCUGGUUUCAGUUUCACUUUUAUCUUUAAAUCUCCAGUAGAUAUUUUUCUGGUUGUGGACUUUGACACAAAAGUUGUUAAAGUCAUUGUAAUAUAGUUAGCUUGCUGGCUACUCUCUAAUCUUUUAACUAAGAUUUACUUGUAGGUAAAUGUAAUAUUGUUUUGAGUUUCUGACUAUUGUACAAUAGACAUCUAAAAAUCUUCCCAUAGGGAUCCAGGUGGCUGACAAAAACUUGCCAGGUAUCCUGAUUAGUUGUCCCUAGAGGUAACCCUAGUUUUUUAAAACACUCAUUGCCAAAUGUGUUUGUUACUGCUUUCCAGGGACCAAGAGAAUUCUGUUUUAUUUACUGAGGAAUUGGUAUUUUUAGAUCUAAAGAAACUAAAACUAACUCUUGUGUAUUUAAAUCUAAGUUGCAUAGUCUUUUUUCCUGCAUCCUACAAUUUUAUUCGGCUGUCAAGAAGUUUAGUGGGUAAAUUUUAAAAAUCUAUGUCUAAACAUGUGAAUAAUGAUUUCUGUGAUUUUGAUUAAAAGAACACAUUUUUAAAAAGUGUAAUAAUAGAAUACCAUGUACAUAUUUAUUGUCAGAUAAAUUAAAUAUUUGUGUGAAAUAAUGUUAUUUAAAGAAUUUAUUUAGACAUUUUCCGGUGUUCAAAUGUAUAGUUUAUUUACAUAAAUAAUUAGUAUCUUAAGAAUCGUUUUUAAAAUAUUUAAUCUACUCACUUGCUGGUCAUUUCCGUAUCAAAGGUUUGUUUACAUUUCUGUAAAACUUUCUGUGUAUACUUUUAUUUCACUGAUUUCCAUACUUUUUGUCCCUGCGUCUCCCCAUUUCUUCAUCUGUAAUUAUUUUCAACCCAUUUUGUUCAUGGUCAUAGUAUGGUCAGAACCCUAGGAAGGAGUGAACUAUUGCUGGUUGUUGUGGUUUAAUAUUUUUGAAACGAACAAAUGAAGAAAUUCUGAUAAUAGGUAUCAGGAUGGGAUAGCCAUUGUAUUUUAAAUGUAAUUUUAUAGGCCGUGAAAACAAAACACAAUUUUUUAAUGAAAUAAGUAUUUACAGUUAUAUAUUUUUUGUUAAUAAUUUUCAUGCCUUCCCUAGCACAAGUCUGCACCUCUCCUGGGAGAUAUCCCUCCCAGUUUGGUUGUUCCUUUACCUCUAGUAGUGCAAUUCAAUUGUUUUGUCUAGAAACAUUUUUAAUUUAUGGUCAAAGGGAAGCUACCUCAUAUUCCCAAACAUGUGAUCAAAUUCAGUGAUGUUAAUCUUUUUUUUAAAUCUAAAUUGUAUUCUUUUAUUUUAAUGGUAGAUUUUAAUUGUUUUUAAAAUACUAUUGUAUAAUUUUAACAAAGUACUCCAAUGGAACAAAACAUUGUUGAAAAGUUUUAAACUGCUGAAAUUACUAUGUACUUAGCAUACAGUGUGCAGUAAAAUGCUCAUGCAUCAUUACACAUUUUUGUUUUAAACCUUUUAAGCUAUAGAUUCUAAAUACAAGUUUUAAACUGAACAAAAUGUUUUUAACCUCUUAAAGACUAAGUUUAAAACUUAACGUUAGAAUCCUCACAAAUAGCUGUAACUGAUGUAUUGUUUGUUUUAAAAUGCAUUGAAAUAAGUAAAAUGUUCUUGUAUGUUGAACACUUAAUUUGGUCUCUUAAAAUAUUCCCUUUUUGAACCAAUUAUAUUGUCUGAUAGAAUAUUCUUGCAUUGAACAAAUUAUUUGUUCUGUAGUUUGUUCAUUGUAUUCUAGAUUUUGUUAGAACCUUUAUUCCAGCAUUUUUAUACUUUGUAUUAUCAGGAGAAUUACUGUUUAAGUUUAUUCUUUCUUCCAUUCUGUUGUUUCUUUUACACAUAUAGCUUGGUUGAAUUUGUAUUGCUUUUAUAAGGAUCUUAGUGUUCACGUUUUUAACUUAAAACAUAGUUUCAAAACAAUGCUCAUUCAUUAAUUUUUACCUUCAGUUAUUUUGAAGAUUGCUAAUUUACAAUUUGGUCAGUUGACUUCCAGUUAUACUAAUGACUGAUGAUGUUUUUAAUUAACACAGCCAUAAAUUGUAUUAUUUUAGUAUAGUUAUUUUAAUUGUAUUCCUGAUUGCUAUUUUUUACUUGUGUACUUUUUUGUUCAGUUUUCUGAGACCAAUUGUGGUUCUUGUAAAAAAUAUAGUUGUACAGUUAUUAGCCUUUAUUGUUAGAACUACUGCUACAGCCUCUUGUUGGUUAUAUAGUUUUAUAGUAAACAA